AUGCCGCCGUUGACCGCCAUGGCCCGGCGGCGGGUCCGGACGUGGGCUGCAGCCGUCGCCACGGGUGUGCUCGUCGUCGUCGUCGCUGCUGCUUCUGCUGCUGCGGCGGCGGGGGUCGAGGAGAAGCUGAUGGUGGACAUGACUCUCGUCCCAGGCGCCGCGUCGACGGGAGCAGUGUGCCUCGACGGGAGCCCGCCGGCGUACCACCUCCACCAGGGCUCCGGCGCCGGCGCUCGCGGCUGGCUGCUCCAGUUCGAGGGCGGCGGUUGGUGCAACGACGCGCGGUCGUGCGCCCAGAGAGCCCGCAUGUCACUAGGUUCGAGCAGCCUCAUGAACAAGCUCGAGGUGUUCUCCGGAUUGCUCAGCAACGAUCCCGCCAUGAACCCAGAUUUUUACAAUUGGAAUAGAGUGAAAAUUCGAUACUGCGAUGGCGGCUCCUUUGCGGGCGAUUCAGAGUUCAGAAAUGGUGUAAGUAUGCUUGCAUUAUUUCCUGCUGCUGCAUGCGUUCAACAGAAGUUUGCUGCUCAGUGCUUGCCUCUACAUAUGCAGUCUUCAGUCAUCUACAUGAGAGGCCAGAGGAUAUGGGAUGCAAUCAUCACCGAUCUGUUCCUGAAAGGCCUUGCGAAAGCCGAAAAGGUGCUGCUCUCAGGCUGCUCAGCAGGAGGUCUAGCUACGUUCUUCCACUGCGACGACCUCGAGGAGCGUCUCCGAGGUGUAGCCACGGUGAAAUGCAUGAGCGAUGCAGGGUUUUUCCUUGAUGUGGACGAUAUUUCCGGCCACAGCACCGUCAGGUCUUUCUUUAACGGGGUAGUCGAUUUCCAGGGGGUUCAGAAGAAUUUGAACAAAAACUGUUCGGAUUCGACGGUAAAAUCUUAUCAGUGCUUUUUCCGGCAAUAUGCGCUUCGGAGCAUGAGAGCCCCCUAUUUCAUCUUGAAUUCAGCUUACGACGUAUAUCAGUUUUUUCAAAAUUUUGUGCCUCCUUCGUCUGAUCCUAGAGGUCAAUGGAGUCGCUGCAAGGCGGCCCUUAGCGCAUGCAGCUCAUCCCAAAUUGCAACUCUCCAAGGCCUGAGAAGCGCAAUGUUAAUGGCUCUGAAACCGUUCGAAGGCGAAUCGAAGGUGGGGAUGUUCAUCAAUUCUUGCUUUUCACAUUGCCAGAGCGAGUCUCAGGACACAUGGUUUGCACCAAAUUCCCCAAGACUACAUGACAAGGCAAUUGCGAAGCUUGUUGGUGAUUGGUACUUUGAAAGGGGUGCCGCCCAAGAAGUUGACUGCCCCUAUCCUUGUGACUCGACUUGUCACAACAUUAUACCAUCUAACUAG